UACUCUUUCUCUCUUUCACUUAUUUCUCUCAAUUAUUCCUUACUUACAACAGGUUUUAUAUUAUUUUAUCCCGAAGGGCCGAAGCUAAAGUCUACUUCUCUCUCGGCUUCCCCUUCCUCUUCUUCCAAAUUGUGUCAGUCGAUUAUCUGUAGAAUCUCUCACCAUCGAACUUGAUGGCUGCUUCUUCUUCUUUAACUACUCGAUUUGAGCAUGAUGUUUACCUUAGUUUUAGGGAUGAAGAUGUCCGCCAUUUUAUCGAUCGCCUCAAUGAAGCUUUGCUUGACGAUAAGAUUAAGAUUUUCAUCGAUGAUAAACUUGUUCGUGGAGAAGAAACUUUGCAUGCUAUUGAAAAAUCAAAGAUAUCAGUUGUCGUUUUCUCGGAAAACUACGCUUCUUCUAAAUCGUUUCUUGAAGAGCUUGAAAAGAUUCUUGGAUGCCGACGCUUAUACGGCCAGGUAGUAAUACCAGUAUACUAUCACGUAGAUCCAGUUGAUGUAAAGAAUCAGACUGGGAGCUUUGGGCAUGGAUUUAGUCGGGUUGAAGAACGUUAUAAGGAGAACCCAGAAAGAUUAACAAGAUGGAGAGAUGCUUUGAAAGAAGCAGCAAAUAUUUCUGGCUUUUCUGCAGAUGCUAUUAGGCCCGACGACGGACUUGUAGAGGAUAUCGUUGAAGAUAUUUUGGAGAAAUUGCCAGAUAUAUCUCCUGAAUAUGAACAGGUAGAGGAAGUUAAAAUGCCUGCUGUGGUCGGGCUUUCUGCCGAUUUUAUAGUCGAAGCAGAUGAUUUAGAGGGUUUGAGGUGGUCUGAAUCUGAAUUACAGGGUUUGAGGUGGUCUGAAUCUGAAUCACAGGGUUGGUGGUUUGAAUCCGAAUCACAUGAUUUGUGGUCUAAAUAUGAAUCACAGGGUUGGAGGUUUCUUUCUGUGUUUUUCCUUGUCAUGGAGGCAAUAUCAGUGGUGUUGGAUGAAUAUGGAAAAAGCAACAAGAAUUUUCUUCUUGCUGCAUUUGUCUUGUCAGCCUUUGGUUUUAUUAUAACCAUAUAUGCUUUUAUCAGGAAAAGAAACACUGCAGCGUAUAAACAAAGAGCUGAGAGGGAACUUGCGUGGGUGGAGGUUGCCUUCUCUGUGGUCCAAUUAGUUAUUUCAUUCAGUCAAUAUAUUUUAGCUGUUGCAAAAGUGAAGAACAGUUACAGCCCAUCCCUUUUCCCGCUAGUAUUUGCCCUUGUUGUUGUCGUGUUUGCUUUCAAGAAGAAGCAAAUUUCGCAUAGCCAGGAGCAGGUGCUUGAUCCGUAAGGGUGAGGCAAACGUGCUUCUACCUCAAAGGCCUUAUUAUAGUGAAGAUUCGUCAGACUUGGAAUAAUAUUAAGGUUAAAGGAGCCAGCUUCCACUUUCCUUCUAAAAGAUUUACUUUUGAUACUUUCUUUGGAAGAUUGAUGAGAUCGUAAUAUUUGUUAGUGCUCCAUUCUUUUAGUCCGGUGUCGUACUAUAUAUUUCUAAUAAGGCCAAAAGACUUGCUACCA